GGGGAUUGCGGUUUCGGAAACAACGGAUUACGGAUUCGACGGAUUCUCAGGCAUCGGCCUGACCAAUGACUCGGCCAGUUUACGAGUGAAAGGGCUUUCUCGUUCGGAGCGUACUCUCCCGCAGCUGAUCUUGUUCGACGCACAACGAAACCAAACACAACAAGCACACAGAAACAGAAUGAGCCGCUGGGAUCGACACGAUGGGCAACAUCAGCAACAACGACAGCGACAAGAUGCCAAGCCACAACAGAGACUACGGUCCCGAUCGCCGUCGCCAGAUUCCUCGGGAAGCUCACCGAGUUCCGGUUUCCGUGACCGCUCGCGUUCGCGAUCUGCUUCACCCGUCGCGUCACAGCGGGUGCACCAACGGAAUCAUCACCGUCAGCAGGAAGAAGAACGGCGCCGACGGCAGGAAGCGCUCGAAAGUCGCGGGCGCAACUCCAACGGCACCGGAACCGGUCCCGGCGGCACGUUGUUGGUGGGCAAGCGAAACGCGAGUGGUGCACCGUCCUUGGGGUCGUUAAAGCCCCCCGUCGGGGGCAUACAGAUGAAGCUGGCCGCGCCGUCCAGCAAAGAGCCGCCGAAACUGAUGCGACCGAUCGCGAACGCGUUCCGGCAGGCGGAUGAUAGUGACGACAGCGAGCCGGAAGAAAUGCCAGCCGAAUGCCGGAUGCGGAUGCGUAAUAUCGGUCGCGAGACGCCCACCUCGUCCGGACCGAACUCUUUCGGCAAAACGAAGCAUGGAUUCUGUGAUUCGAAGAAAAUGUUUGAAAAGAAAGUCGGCAGCAGUCCCGGCGGAGGCGACCGUUAGGCGGGCGCGGGCGGGUCCGAGAAUGGUGCACGGUUCGCUUCCGGUAUGGAACGAAUGUUUUCGGUCACGUUAAGACAAGCCGCGAUGGCGUCCUACGCGGACGGAGAGGUUGACCAAUAGCGCGGAAAGUGGGAAGACCUAUAUUUACUAAUUAAAUGUCUUAUUUCUUCUCCGUAACGUUAGAGCAUCGAACUGAAUCUUUUAAUUACGUUUAAAUUAAUUAGUAAUUCGAUGGUAGCAAAUAUGGCAGCCAAUUGUCCGUUCUUAGACAUAAAAAACUGAUUAAAUAAACUUUGCUUCGAAUGC